CUUCUUCUUCCCCUCCUUUUGUGCUUCUUUGUCUCGUGCGUGAGUGCGUGCGUGCGUGUUUCGAGUCCCCUUCGCUUCCCUUCCUACUCGAGAGACAGCCGUGUGCGCUCAACGCCGAAGGUGCGCUGUCACGUUACUGCGGCGGAUGAAUUAGCACGUCGGUUUGAACGUCUCGGAGCUCGGUUGGGUGACGGAACACGCCUUCAGCUGGAUGCCAAAAUCUGGAAAACCUAUGGUGCUGAGUGCCAUUGGCGGUGGUACCAGAUUCGGGAGCGCUGCUGCAGUUCCUCACAGUUCCGCUUUAUCGUUUACCAUCUCGAGCUCCUGAGGUGGAUUCGUCGAGGCUUGAUAGUAUAUGGAGAUCUUGAUGGAGUUUCUCUGCACUGCCAGUCGUCCCUGGCUUCCCUCAUGGGCUCACUUUGAUAUCCGACAGCUGUAUCCUAUCAGGGUUUCAACCUUCAUUAGUAGGAGACGAGGAGACUUGCAGUGUUUAGUGCAUCUUUUUUUUUUGAUCCCAUACUGUUUUGUCCCUAAAUCCAUUUCUUCGGCAGUUAUUCUUUAAAAGUUAAAGUUAGUGGCAAGUCAUACCGUGUUGGCUUAUGUAUGGAGGAUUAUGCUUUCCUAUUAAAUUAUACGGAAUGUAAAUUAGGGAGGAAGGGGCUGUCUUCAUCAUUACUAGAAUUUCUCUCACUGCAGUACAUGUUUUUGAACCAGUCGUAAUGUUGCUACUCUAGGCGUAAGUCUGUGCUAUUUUCUCUCCUUUUCGAUCUUUUGCAUGAACCAUUCAUCUACAGAAACACCUGUUCCUGUAUCAAAGACAGAGUACGAGUCAGAGAGGAUGGCUACUUUUAUUGCUGACGUGAACCUUGAUCGCGGCAGGAAUGUGAGCUGAUGUGGAACCGCGGUUAUGUGCUCUCUUGAAUGAUGCACCACUGGUGUUAUCAUGUGCAACCUGUGUGAUCAUUUGUAGCUCUGUGUUUUACGUUGUUGAACGUGUACACAAGCUGGGGCAGGAAUGGGUGGUUGCGAGUUGACAAAUCUUUUCACAUGGAAUGCGUUCGGCUGGCCGAGUGCAUCUAUCAUCCACGCGGAAGCAGUGACUUCAAUGUGCUAUCCACGGUGUGAAGAAGUUGUGUAAUAUUUGGGGUUGAGGGAUUGCGAAGCAUAAAAGGAUACUUUCUAUGACAGAUCACAACGGCGUCGCAUAACAUGAUUCCGCAAAGGCGUUCAUUUUAUACGGAAUCAGCAUCUUCACGAAAUCAGUUGGAACAACUGAAUACUAGGGGAUGCUGCUGCACUGUUUAGCUUGGUUGGCUCCAAGGCAGGUUUCUCACCAGGAACAUCUUCGACCACUAUUGUUCUAAUUGGAAUAUUCUGCGACAUACUUCGAUGUAUGACACGCGCGCGGGAUUUCACUUGUUUUUGACUCCGGCUACUCAUGUUCACAGUUGUGGCGAGGAGGCUUCUUCUCUACUCUCCUGUUAUGGUUUGAAUACUUGGCUCAAUUUAUAGGUUGGUGCAAUGGUCUGGUCAUAUUCCUAAGGUUUUCCCGCCGAGGUGCUCACACUUGGCUUUACUGAAAGUCCAUGUCGACACUCUAUCUAUUCCAGUGGAAACAAGUUGGGACAAUUUUCUCAUCUACCUAGGCUACAACGUUCUCGUCUUCAGGACCGGAGGACUUCCAAUGACGCUUGAAUCCCCACUCAGGUCAUUCUCUCAAAGUAUCACACUCAAUGAGGGCAAGCGUUACUUUACCAAUCCUCAAAAUAUUCCAACACUCGUUUGUAUUGAUGUUAUAGUUAGUCGAGGGUAAACAAGCAAGUUAUUGCAGUGUGGGCAUGAUGCCUUCUUGGCUGGAUGGGUCAAGGGGAUCCUCAUCUCCUUCAACAUCCAAAUCAAACCACCAAUCCCCACCAUGUGCCCGAUAUCAUCCAUACGCCCGGAAGCAACAAUUAGGUGGAAAUGUAACGAGGUUGCUAGCAUUGAGGGAGGUCGCACCCAGUGUUAAACGACCUGCAAGGUGGCUGUGGGGGAAGGCUGCUUCUGGAAGUGCAGUUCAUGCAGGGCCUCGGUUGGAAUCAACCAGUGCGAAAUUGGCAAUCACUUCAUGGGUGGAGGCUGAAUCGCUUCGUUACUGCACUGCUAAAUAUUGCCCUCUACAACCAGCUCCGCGGUCAACCAUAGCAGCUGCUUUCAGCCCUGAUGGCAACACCUUGGCUUCUACACAUGGCGAUCAUACAGUGAAAAUCAUCUGCUGCAGAACUGGGCAAUGUUUGAAGGUUCUAAGUGGACAUCGGCGAACACCAUGGGUGGUACGUUUUCAUCCAGCAAGCUCAGAAGUGCUAGCUAGUGGGAGCCUUGAUAAUGAAGUGCGGUUAUGGAACGCCAAUACAGCUGAAUGUGUUGGUUCUCGAGAUUUCCACCGACCAAUAGCUUCACUUGCCUUUCAUGCUCAAGGAGACCUGCUCGCUGUUGCAUCCGGACAUAAGCUGUAUAUAUGGCAGUUCACAAAAGCAGGAGAUGUUUCACCGACCAUUGUUCUUCGGACUCGCAGAUCUCUUCGUGCUGUUCAUUUCCAUCCACUUGCUGCUCCAUUCUUACUUACUGCAGAGGUAAAUGAUUUGGAUUCUCCAGACUGUCCAAUGACUCUAGCCACAUCACAAGGCUAUCUGCACUACCCACCCCCAGCCAUUCAUUUUACUCCGUCCACAUCAAGCACUCUAUUACCCAACCACUCUGUAUCAAACCAAGUAUCAUUUGUGCCACUACCCAGUUGGUUUUGGCCGGUGCUAACAACUGGCUCAGACCUGAUAUUUCAAACGGAUCUUCCUACAGCCGUUGAGGCUGGAGAUGACGGCAAUGUAAACUUUGCAGAAGACAGCACAAGUCCAAUUGCUGAAUCAGAGCUGAAUGUAGAUACAGGUAGGCCCUCGCUUAUGACGGAACUCCAAUUUCCUGAUUUUUCGUCGCCUGCCCCUAUGGACAUCUCGCCUCGACCUGUUCACGAUGAUGUUUUUGGAGACUCUACUGCCAACGAUGUCUCAACCAGCGGCCGAGAACCUCUAGAAGAAGGCGAAAUAUUGGAAAACAAUGAGUCAAUAAAUGACUUUAACUCCCAAAGCAGAUUAAAUGCACAUGAUCGCAUCCGUGGAGCUCCUUGGGAAAUAGGAGGUUCUACCUCUCAUCCCGCUUCGAUACCACCAGCUGGGUAUAGUAAUACAGCCUCAACUAGGGGUCCUUCAAGCAUUCCUAUUCCUAUUCCUUCUUCUACGUCUCCUCGACAGGAUAGUGGGGGUGCAGCACUUGGACCAGCCGUGUGGCCUAUGAGUGCUUUUCCAAACCUGAACACUCAAAUGCUGGGAGGAGCUUCUGGGGGAAUACCAUCUUUCCAGAAUUUUCUUCCAGUGGGAGAGUACACAGGAUGGGAGCUACCGUUUCUGCAUGGAUGGGUUCAAGGCCAACAAGCGCAAGCUGGGACAGCUCCAUCAGUGGUCCCGUCAACCGUUCCUGUUUCUGGGCCUUGGCAAAGUGCUCAGGAACAGCAGCAGCAGAAUGCAGCGAUAUCAGUUGCCUCUGUUGCAAUUGCAGCAGCAGUGGCUGCUGCAAGGACAGCUGCUCGAGCAGGUGCAGGUGUGGUUGGAGCACCAAACGCUGGAAUUGGGGCUGAUAUUGGAGCUGCAGGAUCAGGGGUUAGUUCGCGAAUGGGUUCAAGUCAUGGCAUAACUAUCCCUGGAAGAGGAGGUGCUAACAUUGGUGCUGCGGAGGCGGCGGCUGCGCAAGCAGCAAUGGCAGCCGCUGCUGCUGCAGCCGAACUUCCAUGCACUGUAAAGUUGAGGAUAUGGCCUCAUGAUAUUAAGCGUCCUUGUGCAACAUUGGAUCCUGAGACAUGUCGCCUGGUUAUUCCUCAUGCUGUGUUGUGCAGUGAAAUGGGUGCGCACUUUUCACCUUGUGGUCGAUUUCUAGCUGCGUGUGUUGCCUGUGUGUUGCCCAUGGCGGAUUCUGAUUCACGGCGUGGGAAUACGACGGGUUCACCAGCUCCUGGAUCGUCAGCUCAUUCUCCUACUCAACACCCAAUUUCCUCACAGCAAGUCAUAUAUGAGUUGCGAGUGUACUCACUUGAAGAGGCCACGUUUGGACAAGUGCUUGCUUCAAGAGCUGUGAGAGCUGCCCAUUGCCUUACUUCAAUCCAGUUCUCACCUACCUCAGGUCACAUAUUGCUUGCAUAUGGUAGACGCCACAAUUCACUUCUUAGAAGCCUUGUCGUGGACGGCUCAGCAACUAUUCCAAUUCGAGUGUACACUAUUCUCGAGGUAUACAGAGUUUCAGAUAUGGAGCUUGUGAGAGUACUUCCCAGUGCUGAGGAUGAAGUGAAUGUGGCGUGUUUUCAUCCCCAAGUUGGUGGCGGUCUUGUAUAUGGAACAAAGGAAGGAAAGCUCAGGAUAUUAAGACAUGACCGAACGCCACUGUAUUUGAAUCCUCGUUCAGGAUUAGAAGAUGAACUACUUGAGGCAGAGACCUUGGAUCCGCUAAGCUUUGGAAUGGUGGCCGACAUCGGUAAUACCUUGUGAAAGAAAAUUUGAAGUUCUUCCAGUACUCUUGUACCAGAAGUGAGCAGAGGUGUGUAUACUUGCCAGGUUUAGAGGCUCCUUUUUUGAAGUAGGCUUUGUUUGUUUUAGGUUGAGGAGCACUUACCAGAUCAAGGAGCUGUAUCGGGAACGUGACAGCUCAGAAUAUAGUACUGAUCAGAAUAUUGGGGCGUAACGUCUGUCAAGGAAAAGGUAUAGAAGUUACAAAAAGGAUUAAAAUACGAUAGUCUGAUUUACAGCAUUAUUGACCACUGAGCCGCACUGAACGUCUUGCCAUGCAUUAUUUUAAGGCUGAUGUCCUGUGAUUCUUAGUAUUGAUCUCAA